GGGGAGCUCACAAUGAGAUUAUUUAUGCUAAUAAGGUAGAUGUCACUUCCGCCCCUUUUAUUUGCGCCAUUUUGGAUAGGGCAGUUUCCAGGCUGGAUGUGUAUUGUCUGUCAGAGGGGAAUGGGCAAACCGAAAUCCGUUACCAGGAAUUACAGCCAGAGUUAAGGUAAAUUUGUCUCCGACAGUAGGUUUUUCGGUACUCGUUCCCCGCCAGAUGAACAUGUGUCCACCCUCCACUCUGACGGGAACCAGGGUUUUAAUUUGAUGAAUCUCGGACGCUCUGUUCCCGUUCGCCGACUGGAGGGAAGAGGAUAGCCCCUGUCGGUGAGGGACGUUCCGGGGGGGUUUCGGAGGGCAGACCGACCGUUUGGCUUCACUCGCCCCCGGUUCGCGGGGCACCUGAGCGGGUGAGAGGGUCCACACGUCCCCCUCAGCCAUCCCGAGAGGAGACGUCUCCCUCGGACGGGAGCGCUGGAUGUGAAAGCAGGCAGCCAGAAUGUUCCAGCUCCCCGUCAAUAACCUCAGCAGCCUACGGAAAGCAAGGAAAAAUGUCAAGAAGGUCCUGGGAGACAUCGGCCUGGAGUUCUGCAGAGAUCACUUAGAGGACUUUAAAGACUUCACUCCUCCAGAGGUGUAUAUCAAGCACACAAGCUGGGAAGAUGUCUGCAUGUGGGAGCCAUCGCACACCAAAGUCCAGGACUACAGAUCAAAGCCUUUCUGCUGCUCGGGCUGCCUCUUUUCCUCCAAGUACUUCUCGGCAUACAAGAGCCACUUCCGCAACGUCCACAGCGAGGACUUUGAGAACAACAUCCUGCUCAACUGCCCCUACUGCACUUUCAAUGGCAACAAAAAGACGCUGGAGACGCACAUCAAGCUGUUCCACAUGCCGGCCAACAGCGGGCGGCAGGGCCCCGCCGGCGCGGCGGCGGGGGCCGGCGGCGUCCUGGCCAAGGACGGGCUGCUCAAGCGGGCCGGGGACAGCGUGGAGCAGGCGGUGUACUACUGCAAGAAGUGCACCUACAGGGACCCUCUGUACAACGUGGUGCGCAAGCACAUCUACCGGGAACACUUCCAGCAGGUGGCCCACCCCUACAUCGUGAAGCCCGGGGACAAGAGCAACGCUCACAACGGCGGGAAGACGGACGGCGGCGCCGGCAGCAACCAGAUCCACUGCAAGAAGUGUCUGUUCGUCCCCCGGACCUACGAGGCCCUGGUCCAGCACGUCAUCGAGGACCACGAGAGGAUCGGCUACCAGGUCACCGCCAUGAUCGGCCACACCAGCGUGAUCGUGCCCCGGCCCAAGCCCGUCAUCAUGUUCCCCCCCAAAGCGCAGGGAGACAAGACCAUCAUCGGGAUGGGCCCCAAAGGGGCCGUGAUGGCCACCACCAGGUCUCCGGCCUCGCAGCAGCUGGGCCGGGCCGUCAUCGCCGCGAAGGCGGGCUUCUCCUCCCACGGCCUGCUCUCCGGGCUCAAGCACGACGCCAUAGCGCUGAAGGCCGGCGCCGGCCCGCCGUUCUCCGCCGGCGGCCCGCAGGGCAGGCUCAGCAUGCCCGGGAACGCCCAGGUGUCCGUGCCCCAGCAGUCCCACGCAGCCAAGCAGCUGGUGCCCGGCGGCAGCCUGCGCGGGCCCCUGGUGGCCGGGGCCUCCUCCUCCUCCCUCAAGGCCAACCCCCUGGGCUCCCGGGUCCAGGCGGCCGCCACCACCGUGGCGUCCGUCACGGCCAAGAAGGGCGGCUCCUCCGUCCUGGGCACGUCCUACACCCAGAAGUGGAAGAUCUGCACCAUCUGCAACGAGCUCUUCCCCGAGAACGUGUACAGCGCCCACUUCGAGAAGGAGCACAAGGCGGAGAAGGUGCCGGCCGUGGCCAACUACAUCAUGAAGAUCCACAACUUCACCAGCAAGUGUCUGUACUGCAACCGCUACCUGCCCAGCGACACGCUGCUCAACCACAUGCUGAUCCACGGCCUGUCCUGCCCGCACUGCCGCGCCACCUUCAACGACGUGGAGAAGAUGGUGGCCCACAUGCGGCUGUCCCACCCGGACGAGAAGGUGGGGCCCCGCACGGACUCUCCCCUGACCUUUGACCUCACCCUGCAGCAGGGCAACCCCAAGAACGUCCAGCUGAUCGUCACCACCUACAACAUGAGGGACGCCCCCGAGGAGUCGCUGGCCUUCCACGCCCAGAACGCCCCCUCCAUGGCGUCGGCGCUGUCUUCCUCCCUGUUAUCCAGCAAGAGGCUGAUGCCUCAGCACCCCCCCCAAGACGCACUCGGGGACGUGGGCAAAACCCUCUGUCCGCUCUGCUUCUCCAUCCUGAAGGGCCCCAUCUCGGACUCGCUGGCCCACCACCUCCGAGAGCGCCACCAGGUGAUCCAGACCGUCCAUCCGGUGGAGAAGAAGCUCACCUACAAGUGCAUCCACUGCCUGGGCGUGUACACCAGCAACAUGACCGCCUCCACCAUCACGCUGCACCUGGUGCACUGCCGGGGCGUGGGCAAGUCCCCCAACGGCCAGGACUGCCGGCCCGCCUCCUCCCGGACCGGCCCGGCGCCGGGCGCCGCCCUCAAGCGGGCCGGCCCCGACAACCCCGACGGCGGCGCCCCCAAGCGCCGGAGGCGGGGCCCCCCGGGGGAGCGGGCCCACCCGCGGGACUCCAGCGGCCCCUUCACCUUCGUGGAGAACCCCGAGGACCCGGUGGUCCUGGCGCUGGACCCCAAGGGCCAGGAGAGCCAGCCCUACGAGGCCCGCAAGGCCUUCCUGACGCGCUACUUCAACCGGGCGCCGUACCCCAGCCCGCGCGAGGUGGACAAGCUGUCGGCCAGCCUGUGGCUGUGGAAGUCGGACAUCUCCGGCCACUUCGUCAGCAGCCGGCGGCGGUGCGUGCAGGAGUGCGAGCGCCAGCGGGCCAGCGUGCUGCUGGGCUUCAGCAUGGAGGAGCUCGCCACGCUCAGCCACCAGCUGGCGCUGGGGGGGGGCGGAGCCUACCGGGGCGGCCGGCGCCGCACCUCCCGGGCCUGCAGGGGCGUGUCCCAGCGGGCGCUCCAGAGACACCGGGAGCUGGCGGCGCUCAACGGGGGCGUGGCGCCGCCGAGGAGGAGGGGCACGCCGCCGGGCGCCCCCGGCAACGCCACGGACCAAACCAAGACAAUCCCCAGCACCUUACCACAGAAGAGGCCUCUGGACCUGUCCGAGCCCAUCGCCGCCCGUCUCCACGGCAACCAGCCGCCCGCCGGGGCCGCGGGGAGCACGGAGCCGGGCGCCAAAACCGGCUCCGACUCGGACGACCUGUCGGAGGACGAGGAGGAGGACGAUGAUGACGAGGAGGAGGAGGAGGAGGAGGAAGGGGCUCACGUGGAAAACGGCUUCGGAGCCUCGGAUGGCGCCGGGCGGCCGGCCGCCAGAGGGAGAGACGCUCUGCCCAUCAUCAUCCCAAAGUUUGUCCCGUCGGCGGCGAGAGGAGGCCGAGACGGCGCCCAGCUGGGAAAACAGCAGGUCUGA